UAAACAACUUUUCCUUGUGUGAUUCCUUCAUCAUUUAAUGAAAGUCCCACUAGCUGGUACACUGUUCUUGGUGUCAAGUCAUCAAAAGAUCCAUUUUAUCACAAAGAUAAACAAAUAAAGACAAUGAAUAAUCAAAAGCAUCCAGCUUAACCACCAAAUAGCUAACUGGGUGAGGUAAAAGUCAUCAUUUACGAUUUAGUUUUUUACCGUUAAAACAGUAGCAUAUCACAAAAGCUACAAAAAAAUUGAUUAUAUAUGAUGUCUGCAACAACAUUUAUCAUAAGCCUAGCUGAGGAAACUGAUUAACUCAGAUCAUAUACCUUGUUUCUCAACUGUUCAUCAUGCAACGUUUUUUACCAAAACGGUUUGAGUUUUUCUAUAUCAUGCAUGGACUGGUUAGUUUACAAGUGAUCAAAUGUUGUCGACAAAGGUAAACUUUGGCUGCCAAGAAAGGUAGACGAUUUAUGGUGGUGACGGUGACAUUAAAUAGAUUUUACUAGACCAAACAAAGAAAGAGUAUCCUAGUGUGUUCCAUGGCAUCAACAAGAGAAGGAAUUUAUUGAGGUGGGCUCCUAGCUUGUAGGGCGAGAAGAUAGUAUCUUCAUCGACUCUAAGAGAAACCAUAAGACAAUCAUAGGCCUAAAGAAUUCUACCAAUAUUAGUAUUAAUAACACAAGAAUUGGAAAAAUAUCACAGUGGCUGCAAAAGAUGUAAAGUACAAUGGUCCACCUCCUUUAAAUGUCUUGCUGAUUUUCAUUGUGACAGCUUCUACUUAUGGUCCAAACAGUAGUCACUAAGCUAAGCUUCACAGAUGAUGAUGAUGAUUAUGCCACUUGUGAAGAUCACAUCCAUCCACGUAGCUGAACCUCCCAAGCAAAAAUUGAGAGAAGUAAGAACCAAUGAGCCAAGAAGAGAGGUAAAAGCUUUUAAAGUCAACUGUUAACCAUUUGCUUUCCUUCAUCAUCAGUUUUUGGACCAGCUCAGUACCAUGGUAAUUUCUUAAAUUUUCAUAUCAAUGGUCCAAGUCUUUUGCAUUAGUAUGCUCGUUCACAUGUAUGAAAUUCAGUAGGAGAACAAGAAGUCGCACACAUGAAAAGCUACAAACUGUUACCAUUUUCCAACUCAAACUUGGUGAUUCUCAGCUAAACCAACCUUUCAUCAUUAUCUUCAGCAAGACAUUACCCUAAAUCAUCCAAACUAAAAGUAAACAAAAAGGAAGGAACCGAACAUACAACUUUGACAUUAACCACAGUAGGCCAAGCCAAGCAUAUGGAUCAUUUACUUGAGAGAACUUACGGCAAGAAAUAAGCCACACAGAUUAGAAAAAGAGUGCAACAAACUUAGUACAGUACUAAGUUAAUAUUAAUACAAUUUAAACCAGAAUUAAUGGAAGAGUACCUUCACAAAAUAGUAGUGACGAGUGACGACUUUUGAGACCCUCUGGACCAAUCCAAGACUAAGGAUAUGAGAGUUAAGUAACAGUUAGUUCAUGUAGGGCCAAGAAACAGCUCAAAUUUAUUAGCUUUUAGGUUUGAUUUGGAAUUUCUCUAAAGAGGUCACAUUAUUUUAAAAUAAAUUGAUCAAAAAUUGUAUUGGACAAGGCAAGCAAAAUCCAUUGAGAAGAUCACAACAACAACAACAAAAGAAAGGAACAAAAACGAAGAAAACAAACACACAACCACGGCGAGAGAUAACUAAAAUGUACUGGACUAUUGGGCCCUUAAUAUAUAGGCUAAAUGGGCUAUUAUAGUCACGUCAUUGCAUGGGUAUCUAUCUAUCCGGAAGCAUAGUAAUUUGUUUUAGGGGACUGAUUUGCAAUUUUUACAGAUAUUUUAGCUGUACAGAGAGAGAGAGAGAAUCCUUUGAGCGCCCGCGCCUUUUUACCGGAGAGAUGGCGAGCUCACAGUUCAGUUCAGGUAUACGCAGAUACAAAACUGUAUACUUUGAUUCAUUUGCAGGGUGACGUGAAUCAGGCAAUAUCAAUGGUUUCUUAUUAUGCUUCGUCUUCAGAGCCGGCUCAGAUUCGAGGGAAGACUGUUUAUAUUCAGUACUCUAAUCGCCAUGAGAUUGUCAACAAUCAGAGUCCUGGAGAGGUCCCUGGCAAUGUCCUCUUUCUUGGUCACCUUUGAAGGAGUCCAAUCUCACCAGUGUUUUAGUAGAAACCCGCAAUGUUCAACUUGGCUCUUAUAAUUUUUAAAAUACAGUUAUAGCCUAAUACAUAACUUAUACUAGGUUUUAGUGAAAAAUAAUACAACGUUUAUUUGUUACAAAUUGGUUUUAGUUUAAUUAAAAAUCUGUAUAUUUUCCAACAUGUUUAUAACCAAAAACUGCAUCAAACACUCAAGAUGACUUGACCUUUGAACAACUUUAUUUAUUAUUAAUAAUUAGUCGUCUGAGGCCAAAAUUUCCAACAAGGCUCUUUCUAGGCAGCUUCUUCUUCAUCGUCAUCUUCUUCUUUUUUCUUCUUUAUAAAGACACUCUCUUGAGUGCCUCUCUUUCUCUCUCCCCUCCCUCUUUGAUGGCUUUACUUUCAUCAUGUUGGCUAAUCAUAGAAUCCAUUGUGAUUCAGGAUGGUUUCUUGAAAUGGUCCUACAUGAGAUUAUACAUGCACCCUCUUGUUCUCUUUCUUUGUCAACUUCUUCUAUGGCUCUCUGUCUUCCUUUUAUGGCUUGUCCCAUACUUUCAAGCGUCUUACAGCUCCUUUUUAUCGUUCUUGGUCACGUUCUCAAAGCUAUUUAAUAGUUUUCUACGAGUUAUUAUGAGUAGAAGGGAGGUUACUUAUAAUGUUGUGUCUAGGCAAGAGAACAAGAACACCCUUGUUAAUUUCGAACUUUCUACGAGAAUUCAUAAUCCUGUUCCUUCCUUUAGCUUUUCGUUUAAACAUCAAGUUGAUAGUCAAUUAAAAGUUCUUCUAGUUCUCCAAGAAGGCAAGAUUCUUGAAGAUGAAGAUUUUUGCAGUCAACUUGAUCAAGAAGAUGGUGCUGUUCAUUUUCUUGAUGCUAAGGAAAGCGAGGAGGAAGAAGACACUAUUGACUUUGUUGACGUUGUGAACGUGGAGAAUAAUCUUGAGUUUGAACUUCAGACCAUGCCAAUGGAUCAAGAAAAUAUAUUUCCUUUAGUCAACAAUGAAGAAGAAGAAGAAGAAGAAGAAGAAGAAGAAGAAGAGGAAGAUAUUGUUACCUCAAACGUUGGGAACUAUCUAUCUUCUCUAGAAGCUAGUGAUGAUAUAAAUUCACUCAAUAGCGAUGGAGAUCAACCCUCUCCUUUUUCUAUAUCAAGCUUGGAUUCAGUACUACAAGAAUCGAUUGUAAUAGAGAAUCCAACUCAUCGAGAUGAAGAUGAUGAAACCAAUGAAGUAUACAAUACAUACUGCCAAAGAAUGAGAUGGUAUGACAUCCUAAGCCGCGAUAGAACAUAUGGACUAAGUGUGAUGAUGAACCAAGAAACGGCAAGUACUUUGAGCUUAUGGGGAAUAACAGCAGAGAAGAGGCUAAAACAAAGCAUAGAGAAGGAUCUUGAGCUAGUUUAUAUUGCUCAAUCAUGUUUAUCAUGGGAAGCUCUCCAGCAUCAGUACUUAACAGUGAGAGAUAGAAUGAAAGCCUCUGAUUCGAAAGGCGGGUCAUAUGAAGAUGAUAUCUCUAAAGAAUUUCAGAAGUUUCAGGUUUUAUUAGAGAGAUUUUUGGAAGAUGAAAGGUGUGAAGGGAAAAGGGUAUUGAGCUUUGUUCAAAGAAGGUUUGAGCUCAUGAGCUUCUUUCAAGUCCCAAGACUUUCAGGAUAUAAAAGGAAGGGACCACAGGAAGGUGGAAGAGAGAGUAAUGAGAAACAAGUGCUGAAAGCAAUAGAGAGAUGCAUUACAGUCUUCUAUGACUUUGUGAAAGCAGACAUCAAGAGGCCUUUGGUUUGGGAAAGACUUAAAAUCUCAUUCGUCAACUCUCCUCUUAUGGAAGUGGAAGAUCCUAGAGACAUUAUGCUUUUUCUUAACCUUAAAAAUUUACUCCAAAAGAAGGAACAAUCAUUGAAGGAGGCACAAGGGAAGAAGAAGAAGAAGAUUUGGUUCAAGAAGAAGAAGAAAUCUCCUUACAUGAAAGAAGAUGAAAACUCUAUGUUAGUAACAUUUAUAAAGAUAGAGUUAAAGCUUGUGUCUAGAGUUUUACAAAUGUCUUUGGUCUCAUCUUCUCACCUCAAAUGGUGUCAACACAAGCUCAACAACAUUGAUUUCAAUGGUGGCAAAUUCUCUAGAACUUCCUCACCUGUUUUAUUCCCAUCUUAAUAUUAUAAACUACUGUUUUCUUCACU